GGAUCAGCAGAACCAGCUCUCUGCCUUCUGUCCGGGCACCGCGGCGGUGUGCGGUUGCCUGAUGGGUGUUCGGCCAGCCUCGCAGCGGCGCUGGCAGCCAGGAGCCCUGCAGCCACUGUGCUGGGUGAAGGUCCUGAUGAAAUCGGGACCGUGUCCACUUUUUUAAGACCCUUGGCAUCCUGGCUUUAUCAACGCUUGGUUACUUAGUAAGACUUAAGUGUGUGGUGAGACCUCUGAACACGAAGCACCCUGAUGAGGCUUGACGUUCAUUUGAAGUGCUUUAAGUGCUUUAGAUCCACUAUAACUCGUGGCAUUUCUUCCACAUUUAUCUACAAUAAAAACCUGAAAAUGGCCAGACAAGAACCUCAAGAGAGAAACUAUGACAAUAUGCUGAAGAUGAUAGAGGACCUGAACAGGGACCUAGAAAAACUUCUGGAGGAAAUGGAAAAACUGACAGUUCAGGCAACCUGGAUGGCAUAUGACAUGGUAGUAAUGCGUACCAACCCUGACCUGACCAAUUCCAUGAGGCACUUGGAAGAGGCUUUCCUGAACUGCAGAGAAGAAAUGGAGAAAAAAUGGCAAGAAGUGCUAAGAGAAUCUAAAGGUGAAGAGCAAAAAAAGGAAUAAGUUGAAUUUAGUCAUGCUGGCAGAGCUGUAUCCCUUGGAAAGUCUCCGGUUUUUUUGUAUUCCAAGCAUGGAGGUUUAACAAACACCAUGGAAAACGGAUUGCUGUUCAUCUUACUAAGAACAAUGUAUGUGUUUACAUUUAUGGAAAUAUUUUUAUGAUAUAUUAAUACUGUUGAAGAUAAAA